AGCAUGUAGUUGUGGGCGAUGGAAAAUUAGAGUUUGGAGGCAGCGGGUGUGAAUGAGCUGCACUGAUCUGCCUCUCGGCUCCCACCCUCGCAGUACCCCUUCCACCACUUUGCAGAUGGGACCAAGGCCCUAAGAGGGAAGUCAUUUGCCAGAGUGUGUAGGUUCUUCAUCCAGAGCUCAAGUCUUCUGACUCUUGGGACCAGCAAGAUCUGACCUUCCAGCUUCUUCUCAUGUGCUUGUCUGAGUGGGCCUCCGUCGAGCAGUAGUGAAUUCACAGUUGGUGCAGCAUGAACUGGAAAGUUCUUGAACACGUUCCCCUGCUGCUGUAUAUCUUGGCAGCGAAGACAUUGAUUCUCUGCCUGGCAUUUGCUGGAGUCAAAAUAUACCAAAGGAAAAGAUUGGAAGCACAACAGCAAAAACUGGAAGCUGAAAAGAAGAAACAAUCAGAGAAGAAAUAUAACUAAAGGGAAGUCAAAGAUUUUGCACUUUACAUGUCAGCUUGAGUGGACUCCAGCCGAGAAGAAAGACUUAAUUACUGAAUGAUAUGUCAAAGGAUAAGUUCGCAGCCUACAGCUUUAACUUAAAAUGAUGUGACAUUUUACACGCUUUUAAAGAACCAGUAUUUUCUUCAGUAAAAUAAAAUACCUUUGUAAAAAGGG